GUCAGCACGAGACACAGGCCCCAGGGGAGAGCGAGAGAUUGUCUCUCUGUCGCACACGCCGCGGUCGAAGCGAUGCCUUCGUCUAUCACAAGCCCGUGCUGGCUGCUGCUCUUGGCGCUCCUCAACGCUCUCGCGAGAGCAAGGGCGUUUUCUUUGGGAAUCAACGCGAUAGGGAGCGUGAUUUCGUGCCGAACUUGGUACCGGGAAGACGCUGCUGUGACCGGCACGAUCCGCCCGGGAAGAGGGUCGCCACUCCACAUGAACCAAUCUUACAAGAACGACGCAGAGGCGGAGUUCUACGCGAAGCGGUUGCUGGACCUCAUCACGCACAACGCUUUGCUGACGGCAAAUACGUACUGGAUGGAGCUCAGAGGAAACAUGUACAUCGAGUGGCUUAACAGGUAUAUCGAGGAGCGGGGGGGUGUUGAGGACGUCGGCUGGCAUGCCUUCUUCGCCGGUAUGCUGCGAGCACCUCCCGAGGAUGUAGUGGUCAAGAAGCUCAUCAAGAGCCCUAGGGGGGGCUCAGGCAACAACCCUUUCCUGGCUGACAGGAAGCCUGUGGAGUACAACGAGACUAUUGAGCCAACAACCAUCGCGCGCCGCCUCAUGGAGAUCCGGGAGCAGGUGGCGGAGCAGCUCGGCUCUGACCUGCAGCAGAUCUCUGCGGAGAAUGCUCGGCUGCAGGCAGACUACCACUACGAGUCCGAGCUUGGGCCGGAUCGAGCCCAAGCAUUGCGUCUCUCAAGUUUAAAACCGAUGACCGACGUGGAUCCCUCUUCCGGUACCGGCAACCCACCGCGACGACGCUCUACAUAUAAGGACGCUUUAGAGCUCGUGACGGCGGCGAGUAUGAGGCGCGUCAAGGCGGAGUUGCGAAUACGAGGGGAUAUGGUCACGUUGGACUGGUUGGAUCGUUUCUCGAGCCGCGAGCUGGAGCAGAGGGGGAACGCCCUCCUUGAGUCUCUGUUCGCGGGGCCGAUGGUGCUCAUCAAGGACCCGCUCCGUGAUCGACCAAAAGUCGUCGAGCCGCUUAAGGUGGCCCAGGAGAUCAUGCAGGGGAGAGAGGUCGUAGCCGAAGAGCUCAUCACGGUCUUGAAAGGGGUGCCGCAAGAUCACCUUGCUAUGACGGUUUCGCUUCUCAACGAGAAGUGGGAAUCUACAGGAGAUCCAGAGAGCGGAGAACCGGACUUCCGCGAGAGCUAG